GUGUGAGUUUGUGUAUCCAGAGCCACUGAGCGCAGGACAGAGAGGGUGGUUGCACUGGAGUUCGUGGAAUCCACCCCAACUCAGGACUAUCAUGACCAGGCAGCUCAUAGCUUGGAACGAGGAUUACUGUCUUGGUGUUAACGCUGGUUUCGGAUAUUGUGAGGACGUUACGUUCACUAUGGAAAUAGCUUUGAGUGCUUGAGUGAGGUCUACAGUGGAAGUUGUUGAGGCACACUCCACACCUUGGCUGCUUAUGAAAGGUGUGGGGGGUUUACCACAAUGAUCAUGCAUCAACAUUGAUAUAACAUGGAGAAGAGAUGAUCCUGUCCAUCUGUAGAUAAAUAACUACAAUAAAAGAUCAUGGGGAAUUCGUACGCGGGGCAGCUGAAGUCUGCCCGCUUCGAAGAAGCUCUGCACAACUCUAUAGAGGCCUCGCUGAGAUCGAGCGGCGGCGACCCACAGCCCGUAUUCACUCAGCUUUAUCUGGAGCCCGAUCAGUAUCCUAGCAACCUGGAAGAUGUUAAACCAAAAAUGGACCUGAGAAUCAGGUCCAUCCCAUCCGGUCAUGUGCUGGUGAAUUGUCAGUCCUCCAGCUGCAUUGAGAACAUGGAUGAUGAGGAAGAUUCAGACACCAGCAGUCCACCCCUGCCUUACAUGCAGGGAGCACCUCCUGAUGGAUGUUGCACUAUUGAUGGAUUCUGUCAAGCAGGAAAGGACCUUCGCCUGGUUUCCAUGGCAACAGAGUCUAUCGAGGUUCCCUUAGGGUUCGAGCUGGUCGGUGCCAAAUCACCCAGCAUCCCGGAGCACAUCCUGGUCUGUGCAGUGGACAAGCGCUUCCUGCCAGAUGAGAAUGGGAAAAAUGCACUUUUAGGAUUUUCAGGGAACUGCGUGGGCUGUGGUGAGAAAGGGUUUCGCUACUUCACCGAGUUCUCCAACCACAUCAACCUGAAAUUAUCCACACAGCCGAAGAAGCAGAAGCACUUAAAGUACUACCUGGUAAAGAACACGCAGGGUGCUCUGUGCAAGGGAGCUCUCAUCUGCUGGAAAGAUUGCAAGACAAGGCCGUUCUCGAGCAGUGCUUCUUCAUCCAAGCCUAGUUCCUCAUCUUCACUGAGCAGCAAAGAAAAUGGAGACACAAAUGGCCAUAGCCCAUCUCCCUUCCCUCUCCCAGAUUCUCCACCAGCUCGGAUUCAGUCCAGUUCAUCCUCAGGGAUUUUUGGAACACCUGAUUUGGGCUUCCUUAAACCGUUGAGCACACCGACCCACGGGACCAAGACUUUACCGAUUGUUCCCACAGCCCUGAGAGUUAACAGUUUAACCAAUAGUUUAAGUUUGGACGGACGGUCCAGUCUACUGAGCCCUCCUCAUACAAACGCACUCGGCACACCUACUCAUGGUUAUCGGACCACAGAAGCAGGGGACAGCCCAGCAUCUUCAGCUAUGGCAUCCGGUCCACCCAAAAAGCGCCACCGCAGCUGGCACCCCACCACUCUAGUGCCCGUUCCAGCCAAGGCUGCCCCUGUUCCAGCUAUCCGGCUGCUGACGUGUAGCUCUGGUUCUUUGUUGUCCCUGUCCAAUCAACAGCCUCCAUCGAUAUCAGGGGUCAUACAGCCCCAGCCAAUCACAGCGGGAGAAACUGUCAUCAUUCCUGACAACCUUCUAAACACCUCUGGGGUCCGGCCAGUUCUUCUUAUUGGUCAAGGCACUUUACCGUAUUUCUUUGGCAAUGUGGGCGAUCUGGUCGUGAGCCCUCUGCUGGUGAGCUGCUAUAAAGGCAGAGAGCUGAAUGAGAAGACCCUCGCCAGUCUGGGCAUGUCAACCAGCCAGUUACUCUCCACGGAGACUAUGAUACUGCUCACACUGCAAUACCUCGCUCGACUGGGUACGGAGCAGAUCCCACUACGAGAGGAGUUCGAACAGAUCGUUCUAAAGGCCAUGCUUUGCGGGCCGACGGGACCUCCCGUGUCCCCCGCGCAGCUGCCCUGGUUGGCUCGAAUGGAGGCCAGCGUGUCGGGGGGCAGCGUUCAGGUGCUGGUCACCCAUGGGUCUCUGGGGGAGGGCAUCUCUGAGUCGCUGCGCUUGCUGAGCGAAACGCCACCGCAGCAGCAGCAGUGUCUGCCCAACUACGUGCUCAUCAUCUGCACCUCUAAAAGUGGAGGGAAUGAGUUCUGUGUGCUAGUGCUGGGUAAAUAUCAGUCUCGGGCCCUGGCAGAGAGCAUGCUCACUACCAAUGAGUUUCUCAAAGAGAUCAGUUAUGAGCUCAUCACAGGAAAAGUCAGUGUUCUCGCCUCCCACUUCCAAAGCACCUCAUUAGGUGACAACUUGGACAAACAGCUGGUUCGGUAUCAACGUAAACGCAAAGACCGAGUGGUUCAGCCUUUCCAGGGACAUCUCGCUGAGUACAUCCCCUCCCAAGACGCUGAAACUAUGAUACCAGAAUCAGGACCAGAUUUAUUCGGCGAGAGCUUUCAGAUACACCCUCCGCAGCUAACUGUAGCACGCAGCCUACUGUCGCAGGUGUGUGCUAUUGCCGACUCGGGCAGUCAGAGUUUGGAUCUGGGACGCUUCGGCAAGGUAGACUUCCUGAUUCUAGUUCCACCCUCCCACGUCCUGGUGCACCAAACAGUCCAGCGCAUACGACAAUCAGGUGUCCUGAUAGAUCUAGGUAUAGAGGACGCAUCAUUAGCCCUACAUAAAUCUGACAAGUACGUGGUGCGUCUGGAUGCGGAGGUGCACACCAAAAUGGAGGCCUUCAUGAGGAAGGUCAAACAGAACCCUUACACACUCUUCGUCCUUAUUCACGACAACUCCCACGUGGACCUGACCAGUGCCCUGUCGGGGUCGGUCUGUCACGGGGAGCUGCAGGGAUUGGCCGACCGGGUGGUGAACUGUCCAGAGGUUCUGGAAGCCAUAAACCUUCUGGUCCUGCAGGUCAGCUGUUUUCCCUUCACCCUGCAGAGCCGGCAGUCACGCAUCAGUCCCCAGAACGAAGUGCACUGGCCCAACACUGAGAGCCUGGAGGGUGAGGCUUCUCCUAAGGAUCUGGUUUACUUUGGGCUGAAGGAUUACAGCCAAUCAUUGCAGUGGGGGGUGGCGAGUCCAAUUCUCCGAUGUGAUGACGCCUUUGAACGCAUGGUCAAAACCCUUCUGGAGAGGCACCCACACCUGCACAGUAUGGUGAUCCGCAGCUACCUGCUCAUCCAGCAGUACACUGAGGCUCUGAUGGCCCUUACGGCAGCCCCCUCACUGCGGGACCACGUGACCCCUCAGACCCUCGCCAUGGUGGAGGAUCUACUGAGCGUGCCGGGCCGCAGCAGGCACGGGUGCGGGCACAUGCUGCUGGUGCGCGUGCCCUCAUUGCAGCUGGCGCGGCUGGCGCAGGAGCGGCUCGAGGAGGCCCGGGACAAACUGGGACUGCAGUACAGAUUCGCCGUGCUGCUGGGCAGCCCUGCCGCUGAAAUCAGCCUGCCAGUUCACUUCUGUGCCCGCCUGCGGGCUUGGCGGGGCUGUAAAAAUGAAGAGUGGGUCCCACGCACAUAUGAAGAUCUGGAGGAGCUUCCAUGCAUUGUCAUUCUCACUGGAAAAGACCCUCUAGGAGAGACUUUCCCAAGGUCUUUGAAAUACUGUGACCUGAGAUUGAUUGACUCCAGCUACCUGACGCGUACAGCGCUGGAACAGGAAGUGGGUCUGGCCUGCUCGUACAUCACACGCGGCGUGAUACCCGAGAUGAAAACGGCGGGAGGAAGAGAGGAGAGACAGAGAGAGGAUGAGAGAAGCUCAGGAGUAACAGCAGAACAUGAUGAACUUCAGAUGGAGCUGGAGAGACCGCCCAGCAAUUCUAGUGCCACUACCAGAACCUCUGGCUCCACCACAGAAAACGGCGUCAGUUCCUCGAGCAUGCUCGACAAACCCUCCACACACAGCGACUCGACCAAUAGCACCAGAGGGAUACUAGACUCCUGCACUUCUCCCACUCGCUUCAAGCAGGAGUGUGACUCUCAAGUGCCCGGUUCUUCUACCACACCCUCAUUUUCCUCUGCUUCCUCGUCCUCUUCCUCCUCGUCCUCUCCGGCAGCUCAGAGACCGAGUCAGUCCACACAAGCUCUGCGUGAAGAGAGCAGGGCGCAGGUCUUCCCCAGGACGGUGGUGCUCUCCCGGGCAGCGUACGCCCUGCUGGCUCCCGAAUUACUGGGUCAGCCCAGUUCAGCGUCUCUGCUGCCACACGCUGACGUAGCAUGGAGUAGCCCCCUCAGACCACCCGUUCCUCUCGGCUUGGGUGAUGCGGAGCAGUCCCUGUACUAUCGACAGUGGACCACGACCAGGCAGCACCACGCGGAUUAUGAAGGACCUGCCGCACCGCAUCCCAGAAGGCUGUUGCUGAGUGGACCACCACAGGUGGGGAAAACUGGCGCGUAUCUGCAGUUUCUACGCAUUUUGUUCCGCAUGCUGAUCCGUCUGCUGGAGGUGGACGUCUAUGAUGAUGAAGUGCUGGAGGAAGAUGUGCCCGAAAAAUCAAAGGUCCCUCCUGCCAGUGGGCCGCAGUGGCCUGACGUGGAGGAAAUCCGUAAACUGCGUUUCGACCUUAACCCCCAUGACCACAAGUUCAGACACGCAAGCCCGGUGUAUACAGAAAAGAAGCCAAAGGCACAUAAUGGGGUGAAAAUAGAGAGACUUGAAGCAGAAGAAGAGACACCGAAGAGAAACACAGUGUCGGUCAGACUCAGCAUGUUUGCGGCCCAUAAUGCAUUUCACCACUGUGAGCAGUGUCAUCAUUACAGUGAGCCGGCUCCUGCUACACAGCUGUCCGAGUGUACCUUCCACGCCUUCACGUUCUGCUCAUCCAUGCUGGGAGAAGAAGUCCAGCUGCACUUUAUCAUUCCCAAAGCCAAAGAGCAUCAUUUUGUCUUCAGCCAGCAAGGCAGUGACCUAGAGAGCAUGAGACUCCCACUGCUCUCUGAUAAGGAUUCCAGCAUGCUGAAAAGUCCCAUCUUCACUCCCACCACUGGUCGUCAAGAGCACGGUCUUCUCAAUAUCUACCACGCCAUGGAGGGAGCCGAGCAUCUGCACAUCUUGGUGGUGAAGCAGUAUGAAAUGCCCCUCUACAGGAAAUACUGGCCCAACCACAUCCUCCUGGUGCUGCCUGCUAUGUUCAACAACUCGGGUGUAGGAGCUGCUCGGUUCAUGAUCAAGGAACUGUCUUACCACAACCUGGAGCUGGAGAGGAACAGACUAGAGGAGCAAGGCGUGAGACGCCAGGACGUGUGGCCCUUUAUCGUCAUGAUGGAUGACUCGUGCGUCCUGUGGAACACCCAUCAGCCUGGACCUGAAGGCACCAGUGAGAUGGUGAAUGUAUCACUGAAGAGCGUCAUACAGCAUGUGGAGGCCACUCCAAACAUCUCGCUGUAUGCCAUGUGCGGCCUGCAGAAGUGGAGCGGUAGUUUGUCUUUUCGAACUACUCCGGUUCCUUUCUCUCGCUGCCACCUCCAUGGCCUCAUCAUGCUGAACGUUGACCUCACACAGAACGUCCAGUAUGAUCUCAACCGGUUCACGUGUGAAGAGGUGGACUUUAACCUGAGGGCACACAGCAGUGGUCUUCUGCUGUGUCGUUUCAAUCGCUUUAGCAUCAUGAAGAAACACAUCCCCAUAGGAGGACAUAAAGACUUCCUCAUCAAACCCAAACUCAUGAGAAUUGAGACCCCGGUGAACGUGAGCGCGUCUCAGUACGUCUGUGCUCCAGACAGUGAACACACGCUGAUGUCCGCUCCCGCUCAGCUCCUACUGGAGAAGUUUCUGCAGAGCUGCAGUCAUCGUCUCUUUCCUUUGGCUCUCUGUAACAGCUCGAACCCGGUGCUGUCCAUUGACAGCUACCUCAGUAUCGGCCCAGAGAUUCAGGUGUGUUAUGUGAGCUCUCGGCCUCACUCUGUGAAUGUGGAUCAUCAGGGGCUGGUCUUCAGCGGGCUGCUGCUUUAUUUGUGUGACUCCUUUGUAGUUUCAAACCUUUUGAAGAAGUUCAACUUUCUUAAAGGCGCUACAUUGUGUGUAAUCUGUCAGGACCGGAGCUCUUUGCGUCAGACUAUUGUUCGCUUGGAGUUAGAGGACGAAUGGCAGUUCCGACUUCGAGACGAAUUUCAGACGGCCAACUGUAGUGAGGAUCGUCCGCUUUACUUUCUCACUGGACGCCACAUCUAGUCAUCUGCAACCAAAUCAUCAUAUUUCCUUUGGCUGUCAUGUGAUUGGUCAACGAAAGACAAGACAAAAUGCUCUCCUGAUACCAGGAUUAAGGAUUUUUUAUGUUCAUUCUCCUUGGAUACCUGUUCAGCUCCACCUUUGGUUUUAAGAAAGUUUUCCAGAAAUUGUGGAUAUUGUGCCGGACACAUUUGACACACAAUUAUCAGUUUGCCUUGUGUUUUCCACCUUUUUUAUACAUUUUGGAGAAUCUUUGAAAAUCACACUGUUGGUGAUUUUUGCAUGUCUUAACACGCAAGGACAUUGUUAGAUCUCGAUUGAUCGUUCAUUUUGGCAGUUCUCAAGGACCUGCAUAUAAUCUCAGGGGUUUUGUCUCAAGGCAAAAAAGGACAACUGUUGUUCUGUUCUUCUCUACUGACUAUUUCAUGUAUUUCUAAUUAUGAUGCCAUCCACCAAAGACUUUCAAAAUCAAGUCACGUGACUGAAGAUUUUCAAGAAGGUCAGAUGUCUGAAGCGUCUACAUUUUUUAUCUUACCCAAGAUAUCACCCGACACAAUAAAAAAAUACAUACUUUAUUCUCAUGAGACUUGUCAGCUCAUAUAAAUUCCAAAGUUGAAUUGCUGACAUUUACAUCCUCACAUGAAUCAUUUGAGUCAUGUUAUGACCUUAUUUCCGGCAGUCCAUGUGUGCUUAUGUUAUUUAUGAUUGUAAUGCUCAUUGCCCAAAAACAGCAUACACUGGUUUAAGUGGUAGAGAUGUGCCUGAUGGUUUUUUUCACAGCAUUAUUGUACCUUAAAUAAGAUCAUGGCACAGUAGGAUACAGAAUGUUUCAGUGCCAUCUGUAGUUAGCAUCUAGUAAUCAUAUUUUGCUGAAACAUUCCUUGUUUUGAAGCAGCUGGGAAUGUUUGGAGUUGCACACCAUAAAUGCCUUAAGUGAUAUGACCCUGAUGACAUCACAAUCCCAAACUCCACUCCAAAAGAUACAUCAGUGUGAACAUUAGUGUCAAAAAAGCACAAGCUCAAUUUAUAAUGACUGCUAGCCAGCUAACUUUCACGGAAGAGAUAAAUGUUCGGGAUUGGUUUAUGAAUGGGAAUAUCUUUUGGUGUUUAGAACUUUAUGGAUGUUUAAAGUAAAACUUUGUUUACAUUUAAAAAAGCCAAUAUUAAUAUAUUUGACAGAUGUUUUUGUCACUUUGGAUUCAUGGCUAGUUUUACAGAAAAGUCACUUUGAGCCAUAUGUGUCACGGAUAGCCUGUGCAGUUUUCGUUUUUCCAUGGCACAGAGAAUCUACCUAAGAUUUCCAAUUUUUAGAACCCUUUAGUUUCUGUUCCCGGUGGUUUAUUUAAAGUGAGGAAAAAAUGGAUCCCUUUUUUGAGGGAGAUUUUUAUUUAUUUAAAAAUAAUAUCUUGAAUGCUUAGCUAGCUAGGUAAGUCCAUGAAUUUGUCACCCGAAAGCUUUGCACACUGAAACUGUAUAGUCAAGAUGUAUUAGAAAUGUACUAAAAAAAGCUAACAAAUAUAAGGUUUACAUACAUUUCCAGUAUAGUAUGAACCUACAGGAUUGUUCUGAAUCGCGUCCUGUAAUGAUAUUGAUUGUAAUGAAGAAAGCCAAAUGCCCACUUGACAACCUUUCGAAUGUGUCUCAUUUGUAGAUAAUGUGAUGUGCACAUAAAUUAUGCAAUUUGCUUCUCACAAUCUUUGCAUUUUUUUCUGUUGGCUGUGAAUAUUCUAAAUGUAGCACCAAACCAUUUGAAAAUGUCUACCUCAUGAUCUACUGGCUUGAUUUGAUUUACUAAAUAUGGUUUCACAAAAACAUGUUCUUGUUAUUGAGAUAAAUGAAUGUAAUAAAGUGUUAUCUACUGAAUUUGGGACUUUAAAAAUGAUUUGCAUGAAGUUUACAUAAAUUGACUUGAAUGUAUUAAUUUACACCAGGGCUGCUGAUCACCACAUUAGAUACAGCCAGAGAGACGUACAAGUUUUUUGAUCCAU